AUGGUGGUAGAAGAUACCCCAAAUUCUUCUAUUACUGACGAUCAGAUCAGUACCAGCAGCACAAACCCUAACCCCAGGGUUCGUGACUCCGACGAGGAUGAGCUCGAGGAGGGAGAGAUUGUCGGAGAAGAUGACUCAGCCACUUCGAAGGCAUCGUCCGCCGUCGUGCGUCAGCCUCACCCGCUUGAGAAUUCUUGGACCUUUUGGUUCGAUAACCCCUAUGCCAAGUCCAAGCAAGCGGCCUGGGGAAGUUCUAUGCGAAGCAUCUAUACCUUUAGUACUGUUGAGGAGUUUUGGAGUGAUGAGCUAUGA